AUCGCUGCGACGAUAUCUCGUCAAUAUGAUUCUGUUUUUCGAAAUUAUUUUCACCGGAAUGGCUAUAAUCACCGGACAAUUACUAUUUUAAGCUUAUCUAUAUGAGAACAACCAAGUCAAUUAUACUUGAACCCUCAUAUAUUCAGUGGAACACGAAGAAAAACAGUCAUGACGUUUGCCUGCUGAUUCGUUAAGCUCUAACUCUAACUGACUUUAUUCCCUGGCUCUUUUCACCUCUCAGCUAGGUUAUGUUUCUGAUUUCAAAAUGGUUAAUUACAACGAGGAAUCAAACGAGAAUGAGCCGAUACUUUACGAAUUGCUAGAGUACUUUGUUCGAAAACAGGAACCGGAAUUAAUUAAGUGCAAAAACGAUACUGUCAUAUUACCGACAACAGGAACAAUUAAAAAUGCACUAAGAUAUUUAAAUAACAGAUAUAGCUUGCCAGAAAGCAUAUCGCAACAAAACAAUCUCACUUUACCAUGGAAAUUUGCAAUUGGCGAUUCUGGCAGAUUACUUGCAGUUUUGCAAGAAAAUGUCAUAGAAAUUCGGAAAGCAAAGGAUGAGUACUCAUCGGUGGUUGGAAAAGCUUCUAUUUCAAAGGAUGCUUUCCCACAUUGGCGUAAAUUAUCCUGGAGUCCAGAUGGAACACUUUUAGUAUUAGCAUCUAGUAAUGGUUACACCUCCUUUUACAAUGCUUUGGGAAAUAAUAUCUAUACUAUAAGCCCAAAAACUGUUUCUCAAAAUCCUCAGAUCCUAGAAGCUGGAGAUGCGAUAGUUUCUAUGAUAUUUCUUAAACCAAAAGCAACAUUUGAGAAAUGGUCCUAUGAAUUCUUGUUAAUCACCUACAGUGGCCUACUCAAGUCUUAUUAUGUCUCAUUGAAUAAUGGAUACGAAGCAAAUUAUGAAUUUUCUUUUGGUAAUUUUUAUAAGAAUGGUGUUAACGCAGUGGUUUAUGAUCCAAAACAUUGUCUGUUCUAUGUUGCUGGGAACACGAUAACUCAAAAAGUAACGUCAACUGCUUCGGAGAGUGGCUUAACAUCCUGGAGGCCCUUAAACGAUUAUCCCUUCUGUAAAUUGUCAUUUGCUUUUGACAAUGAAUCAACGAAUAAGUCAAGAUUCUCCAUAUGGAACAUUAUUCCAUCAUUAAGUCUACAACACGAGUCAAUCAUAUUCAAAAUAACAAUUUCCCCAAAUAGCCAAUUCUUAACAUGCUUGCACACAGAUGGUUCUAUAUCUCUAUGGGGAUUACCAAAUUUAUUGUUACAGAAAAAGUGGAAAUUAUCUGAGCAGCCGGAUUUUAAUAUACCUAAUCCACUAGGUCCUGCAAAAUUAAAAAAGUUUCCACCAGGUUUCACAGAGUUCCAUCCGUUGGAUAUUGGUUGGUGGUCCGAACAGGCAAUUAUAAUUGCAAGAUAUGCCGGAUCUACUUCCGUAUGUGCUACCAAAAACCUGAAGAAUCUUUUAGGAAUGAGUCCAGAGUUUCUAGCUGGACAGCCUCAGAUAUGCGAACUUGGUUCAGAUCGUGGCUUUUUGUGUCUAGACUGUGAAACGUUUGUAACCAGUAAAAAGCGAAAUAGGGAGUCCAAUGUUGAAGAAGUCUCGUCGGAAAGCGAGGAUGAAGAUGAUGAGUUGGAGCCAGUCAGCAUAUUGAAUUACACCACGAAUUUAAUGCAAAGUACCUUGUACUCUAUAACAGAUAUCGAAAGAUUUCAGCCCAAGAGAAAGAAGUCUAAAGUAUUAUUUAGAACAUACAGAAUUCUUGGUCUGAAAAGUACAACGCCUGAAGAACUGUACUCCAGGAAAAUUGAUAUAGAAGAGUACGAAGAAGCUUUGGCAUUGGCUAACAAGUACAAUUUGGAUACUGAUCUGGUUUAUCAGACACAAUGGCGGAAAUCGAAAUUAUCUUUGAACGCUAUUCAAGAACAUUUGAGCAAAGUUACUAAAAGAUCUUGGGUCCUACAUGAAUGUGUAACAAGAGUUCCUGACACUAUCGAAGCUGCAAGAGAAUUACUAAAUUUUGGACUGAAGGGUGCCAAUUUAGAAACCCUGGUAGCGAUAGGCACAUGUGAUAAUGGGAAAUUUGUAACAGAGAAUGUGGACGAAGAUUGGAAUGACGUAGAUGUAGUUAGUGAAAGUUUACGACAGAUGCAGAAAGCAAAUGAAUUGCUAGAUAAAGUCGACCCGAGUCAUUUGUCUGAUGCUCAGAUAGACUUAAUUAAGUAUAGAAGAAAGCUUCUGGACCAUUUGGACAAACUGCUCACCUAUGAGAUUAUUUUAGGACCUUCGUUAAAUUACAAUAAAAGUUUCUACGAGGAAUUUCGUCAGCUUUCGGCUCUCGAAAAUGCAAUUAGAUUCGCCAAAGAUGGUGAUUGUCAGGGAGUCGAGAUUAUGUUCACCUAUUAUGGAGAGAGUUUGCUGCCCCAUUGGCUAGCAAUUAUCAGUUUCUUCCCGGAAACGUUGAACCCAUUGAAGUACAAGAAGCUUUUGCCGAAAUGUGACAUCGAUUGUCAAUUAUUUCUACUUGAUCAACGAGAAUUAAGGCAAAAGGAUUGGUCCGAAAAGACUGAAUUCAACGAUGUGAUUAAUUUUGAAAACGAUAAUAAGUCGGAACUACUUUAUGAAUCUGAUCCUUCCUUAUCCAUAUACAGAAAUACCUUGCUAACUCCGGAAUUGUUACAAAAAUGGUAUGAGUCGAGAGCCUAUCAGAUUGAGAGGAACAGUUACAUGGUCGACAACGCUUUGCAAUUAAUCAAAAUAGCGAAAUCGCAUAACAUUAAUGGCUUAGAAAGUUUAUUGUUAGACCUAGAAACAUUAGAUGACCUAAUUUACAAAGUUUACAUAGAAGAUCUGUCUUUGGACGAGCUACAAAAAUUGUCUAAUUUAGACAAAAUUAAAUUGCUGAUGAGCACGACGACCGAGAAAAGUUUUGUCGACGAUUUAAAAAAUUUUGUACUUCCAUUUAUAAAAAGGAGACAUCAAUAUUUGGAUGAACUGCAGACACAUUUGUUUAGCGAUUACUUGAUAUGCAUUAGCAAGGAGGAUCUAAAAUUAUCUGUGAAACUCUUUGAGUAUUUGAAGAUAUCCCAAGAUAAUGAGAUUCUGCAAAUGAUAGAGAAUAUUGCCACCUUGGCUUUAGACUGCAUAUAUGCCUGCAACGAUUCAAAUAUGUAUGACAAAGCUAUCUGCAUAGUGGAUUCCAUCUCAAAAGAUAGAGACCUGAAGAGAAGUGGUGGAAUAAAUUCGCUGCUCGAAGAGUUGGACAGAGAACUCGAGUGUACAAAAAUUUUGAAUAAAUACGGGGUUACGACCACGCUGAAUGCAUUGAGGAAAAACAAAACCGAUCCCGAGUCUGCAAAACUAUUAUUGAUUCAAAUGGCGAGGAGCUUGAACGGAACGGUGAUAGCCCCUGAUGAAAAACAGUGGGCACAAUUGCUGAACGAUAUGCUGGAAAUUCACGGUAUGAUCUUCGCCUGUGUGGACAUAGAAAUAUGCUUUGAGAUCUGUGUAUCGGCGCGACUGGUGUCAGGUGUUAAGUCCAACAUACAAAGUUGUGCAGCUCUAAUUGAAACUAAAAAGAAUGAGCAGUCUCUGUUGAAAGUGUCCUACGAAAAAGCAGUCAACUUGAUUCUCGAUGCCAGCAAAGAGUAUUUCAACAGUUCAAAUUCUUUAACCGAUGCCAACAUGGAACUUGCUAGAACUUGCCUCCAUCUGAUUACGGACGACAAUCCGCAGAUCAAGGAAGAAUACGAUCUGAUAAAUUCUCUUCAGAUUUUAAACGAAUUUAACAUCAAUAUACUACCGCUUCAAGUCAGAUUGAUGCAAGACAGAUUGAAGCUGAUAGAAGACUGCUUGAAUAGACGUGAUGAUGCUCAUAAAAGUCGCCACAGACUGUUGACUCUAGCGACUUAUCUGAGGAUUGAAAUGAAUAAUAGCAGAGCAAGAGAGGGGAAGGUUUUAGAAUUGAUAGCGAAGAAAGCAUUGGAGAUAAAAGACUUUACUGUUUGUGCUGCUACGUGCCAACAAUUGAUACAUAACAGUUACAUUCCCGCCUGGAAAGUCGCCUUAGACUUAGGAUAUUGUGAUGACUACAGUGAUUUAAAGACUAGACAAAAGUGUCUAUGGUUUGUGAUAAAUAAGGGGCCUAACGAUGUGCUAAGUAAAGCGCUGGAUCAGAUACAUUUAAUAGAGAUACAAAUGUUACAUAAAGAUUUGGAGCUGUGGAUACCACCAAGUGAUCCUGAUGAUCCUGAUGAUGCUGAUAGCGAAGAAGAGUUCAUAGAUGCCAUGACUACUCCUCAAGUUGAAUCAAAAGAGUUUGUUCCAAAAGUGCUGGAGGCCUCUACGGAAAUGGUCAAGACUUCUGCGAACAUUAUGAAAGCAUCAACGGUCAGUUUAAUAAGGAACAUAAGCGACACCAGUUUUUGGAAAUCUAGAUUGAAACUAGGUUUGGAGAGUAGUCAUAGCAACGUGACAGAGUACAAUGAUCAGGAGAAUCACGAAAACAAUGAUGAUGUCCAAAGUUUUCCAUGUUUCUACGAGUGUUUGCACGAAAGAAGUAGACUUAGUAACUUGGACACCAAAUAUAUAAACUAUUCGAUGCCGGAUGUAGAGAUUACAAAGCUGAAAUGUUGCCGCGCUUUUCUCAGAAUAGCCAUGUUGAGCGAAUCUUCUUGCUAUGGCAUGGAAGUGAGCGAUAUCAAUCAUUUAUUUUUAGAAUGUGCAAAGCAUACAUUGCGGGAAGACUGGCUACUGGGAAUUGCUUAUUUAUUUAGUAUACAGAAAAAUUAUGUAAAGGAAAUACAAGAUGUUCUAACCGAGCUACCGCAAACAGAGCUGCAUGUACAGACUGCGAUGUAUUAUUACUCCUUGGAGUUGCAUAAGAAAUUAUAUGGGGAUACUGAGAAUUUAUAUUUAUUUAGUCCAUUGAGUUUAAUACAAAAGAUGAUCAACGCAAUGAAAAAGUGCAAAGAAUCUGAGAUGUACGAGAGCUUUAAGUAUUGGCAGUCGCGUUUCCUGAAUAAUCAAGAGACGGAUGACAUCAAGUUCUUUGAUUCAAAUCAAAUAAUUGAAGAGAACGAUAGAGAGGAUCAUGAGGAGAGGGUGGAACAUGACAAUGAUCUCAUUCAGAGUCCUGUAUGUGAGGAAUUUAAAGAGCAAAAGAAAUCGGCUGAGAAGUCUAUUUCUCAGCUUGAUGGUGAAAUAAAAAAAGAUUAUAAGGAUGACGACAAGGGUGACAUGGAAUGGACAGAUGAUUGGGGUAAUUUUUCUGACGAGGAGGUAGUAGAAACUGUGAACAAAAAGCAAAACAUUCCAAAGCAAAAACCAUGUAUAGAGGAUGAUAUUUCGUUUACAAAAGAAAUUGGCGAUUGUGCGACAGAAGAGGACCGUUUCAAAGCGUUUGAAAACGUGUAUGAUAAAAUACAAAGCAAGGAUCAUUUUAAUGAGAUGAAAGGAAUAGUGUUAAAAUGGCCAAAAUUUAGCAAUCCUGAGUACACGGCGGUCGACAAACAUCCCAUUUACAAAAUGAUGAAACUAAUUAACGUGUACGAAACCGAGACAGAUGCAAGUAAACAGAAACAGAUUUUCCAAGAAUACAAAGAUUUAAUGGCAGCCUUAUCUUCGCUAGACACGCUUAAAGAGUUCUUGAACAAGGCAGAAAUUCCUCUGGGUCAUGCAGUUUAUAUCAGAUUAGACAUGGAUGAUCCAGAGCUUCAUGAAGAAGCUGUGAAUAUCCUCAAAGAAAAGCAUAAAGAAAUUACAUUAUCGCCGCCUAUAUUGGAGACGUUAUUUUUGAAAAAUUUGACAAUUUCUUUUGAUCCAAAUCACGAAGUAUAUGGACGAAUUAUUGAGCACGUACUCGUUAAUCAAUCGUUAACAAAUACAAGGGAAAAUGCGGAGUUCCUUAUACGAGAAUUAAAGAAAAAGAAGCAUAUAUCGCACGCUUUAUGCAUAAUUGGAUUAAUAGAGGAUAUACCGCCCUCAUUGCGCACAUUCGACACCUGUUUUGAACUUCUUAUGAAAAUAUAAUCGUUUAUCUUUUCAUCGUACGUUUUAGCGGAAGCUGUGAUUUCGAAUUGAAAAAAAUAAUGUAAAUACACUAUACUUCGGUUUGGUAUUAUUUAUUGUAUACGAAAAGCUUUUAUUAAAAAUGGAAGAUAGAACCGAUUUCGAUGGACAUGGAAUCGGCACAAAGCUUUUACUUCACGUGUGUAUCUUAUGAUACACUAAAAUUAUUUUGUACAUACUUCAAAUAUUUGUUACUCAUGUUAUUUGUAAAUAUGAAUGUGAUAUCUACGUUAGAAUAUAUAUCUACACGGGACAUACCUAA